UGAAUUCGUCGAGAUGAACUUUAAGACAGCUGUAGCUCUGCUGGCUUUGCUGGCAGUAGUAGCCGACCUCUCUGCCGCAGCACCGCGAGAAAAACGUGACGACAAUGGGAACGGAUGUGACAAUGGUGGGUCUGAUUGCGGUUCCUCAGAUCCAUGCUCAGCGGAUCCUGGUGCUUGUGCCCCAGCAGCUCCUGCACCAGCCCCAGGCCCUGCCCCACGAGCCCCUGCUCCGCCAGCUCCUGUUCCACGAGCUCCAGCACCGCCUGCCCAAGCACCUCGUGCGCCGAGGCCACGCGCUCCAGCAGCUCCUAGAGCCCCCAUGAGAGCCCCCUCAAGAGCUCCAGCAGCUCCUAGGGCCCCGAUGAGAGCACCCGCAAGAGCUCCUGCUGCUCCCGCAUUCGCUCCUUCAGCACCAGGAGAAUAUGCGGCGUAUGGUGGAGCAGAGGGAGCUGACGGAGCUGAUGGAGGUGAUUACGAAUAUGGCUACGACUAUGCGUAUGGUGGAGACAGCAGCGGAGAAGGAUACGGAGGUGGUUGUGGUGACAGCAGUGAAGAAUGUGGAGGAUACGGAGACGGCGCCGGUGGUGCUUCAAGUGGAGGUGGUGGAGGUGGUGCUUCAGGUGGAGGCGCUGGAGGUGCUGAUGGUGGUGAUGGCGGAGAUUAUAGCGCAGCUGUAGGAGGUGGGGCAGCUGCAGCACCUGGAGGCUACCCUGCUGCUGCACCUGGAGGCUACCCUGCUGCAGCUCCUUCUCGUUACCCUGCUGCUGCCGCUCCACGUCCACGUGCUCCAGCUCGAGCACCCGCCCCUCAAGCUCCAGCUAGGGCACCCGCUCCUCAAGCCCCAGCACGUGCACCUGCGUAUGUUCCCAGGGCGCCUGUCUAUAGGGCCCCAGCACCAUCAGUGCCACGGGCUCCAGCACCGUCAGCGCCAAGGGCUCCAGCACAAAGGCCAGUACCAAGGCCAGCAGCACCAGCACCUAUACCUGCGCCAGCCCCGAGAGCUCCAGUUGCUCCACCCGCUCCUGCUCCUCCUGCUCCCCCUGCUCCUCCUGCUCCUCCUGCACCAGCUCCCGCACCAGAAGCCCCAUCUGCACCCGAACCCGAGAGCCCUAGCGAUGGAGAUAAUGGUGACAAUGGAUGCGGUGAUAAUGGAGAUGGCGGCACCAGUAAUGGUUGCGAUACCACGACUGGCGACUAUGGUAUGACACUUUUGUUCAUUUAA